GUUGGGGGAGGAUGAGGCCCGAAGCACGUCUCGCUCUGCCCCGGCAGCGGGGCCGGCGGCUGACGUGCGGGUUGGGGGCGGGGUGCCCGCGGGCCCCGAUCCCGCCCGGCGCUGCUAGGGGGCGGGGCGAGGCGAGGCGAGCUCGCCGCCUGCGGGCGUGGAGGCCGGGCCGCCCUGCCCUGCCCUGCGCUGCGUGGUGGCGGCGGCGAUGGUGCAGUAGCAAGGCGCAGGCCAGGCUCCUUCCUCCGGGGCCGCUGCCCACGCCCGAGCGGCGGGCCUGAGGCCGGCGAGCGGGAGUCGGGCCUUGCGCGGGGAGCGGCCGGGGGCCUCGCUGCCGGGACAUGGGGCGGGAGCCGCGCCCAGCCGCCUUGCCCCUGGCGGCCCUCAGCUCUGCGCGUCCCGUGCCCCUUUGCUGCGGGGUGGGGCCUUCAGCUCGCCCGCCUUUGGCACGGGGCAGCCGCGUGAGGUGUCGGGGGAGGGGCUGGGGUCUUGGGGGCCUCAGCACCAGGGUCUUCCUCGCGCCCAGGGGCCUGACCGCACGACCUGAGAGCAAGGGGGGUUUCAGGUGGUGAGAGCCAGCCUCUGUUUGUAGAUGCGUGCCAGAGGAGGGGACAGGGGUGUGACUGCGCACUAGCAGUACAGAUAUAUAGUCUUACAGGUGCUGACACUGUCUUCUUGAAGGCUCAGAUCAAAUGUGGUCUGUGCUUGCCUGGCAGGGGAAGUAGCAUGGUCACCACAGUGGCUUCCUGGUUGCACUGGGGAAGACCACUCUGCUGGCAUGGUAUAGUACCCGCAUAGGUAAUGCAUAGCUAACCUUGGCUUUAUGCCCACUUUAUGGAAAUGGGGGACCUCCCUGGCUUGCCCUGGGACCUUACGGCUGAGGGCAAGCAAAACUCGGGGGCAUCCGAAUGAACCCCAAGCCUGCGGGCUUGGGCCUGCACGUAGGAUGCCUGCCAGAAGAUUUAGGAACAUCUGAAGCCCCAGAUGGGGGUAGGGGAUGUUUGCCGGUAGUGGACUGGCUCUCAGAUUUGGAAUUUGUUCUGGAUAAUUGGCCUUGGACUAUGGAAAAUUAUUUUAAAAUAAAAGGUACUGCCUGCUUCCUUGCAUCUGUCUGUCUGUCUGUCUUUCCACCUACCUAGCCAGCGUCUUCUCAAGACAUUCAUUGGGGGCCUCUUGUUCAUUUCUUCCUGGUGGCACCUUAGCAGAGCGUUAAUAAAGGCUGCUGUGUGAGAGUGUGCGUAUGGUGCUAACCAUUAGGACAGGUAGUCCUUACUUUGAUCUUUGUGCCUGUGUCUUGAUUGUGGGUAGCGUUUCCUUUUGCACAUUACAAGAGAUGGAGGCCUGUGCAUCAACAGCAAAGAAGAGGGUCCUCCCCCCAUGGAUGAUAGCAGGGGUGGCAGAGCAGAGAGAGACAAUGCCGCCAGCAAGACCCAAGAGGAGGAAGAAGGCAGCUGAGGCAGGGACUGUGACUGUGUACUGUAUGAAUGAAGCAGAGCUGGUGACUGUGGCACUGGGGAUACUGGCUGAGGCCACGGUGAGCAAAGCAGUUGCAGAGGAGUUACAAAGAACAAAUACUUGCCCUUAUCUGUUCUACUGUACAGAGCCAGCAAUUCUACACAAAGCGGUUAUGUCAUCUUAUAACUAAAAUAAAGUUUAAGUCAUAUAUUUUUUCUGA